AUUAAGACUAGGAUUUCAGGGCUCUAGACCAUUCUGCCAAGCCAUCUAUUUAUAAAAUCAAGCAGAUAUGGCUUGACUAUAAAUUGGGUAUGCUUAUUCUGCUCAUUUGACUUUUUCUUAAUUCUAUUCACAAAUGAAAAGGCAAUCCAUAUUUUAUUAUUUCAUCAAAAGAAAAACUCAAUGUUUAUUUGGUUGAGGAAAUGCUCCCUAUGAAGAGAACAUGACAGAAAAAUAAUGUUUGUAGCUAUUGAAGAACUUCAUGGCUGCUGCUAAGAAAUGGUUUCUGCUUUAUAGGCUUCCGUUUCUCCAAUUCCCGAUUUGUAAUUCAGCUGAUGUCAUUACUAUGAACCAAUCUUUCAAAGAAGGUGACCAACUAAUUUCUAAAGAGAACAAAUUUGCAUUUGGAUUUUUUAGCCCUGACAGUUCUAGUCAUAGGUAUCUUGGUAUUUGGUUCCAUGAAAUUUCAGAUAGCUCGGCCGCAUGGGUAGCAAACAAGAAUAAUCCUAUCACUGCCUCCUCUGCAGCUUUAUCAAUCAAUCAAUAUGGCAGCCUUGUUCUGUAUAAUGAUCUUAACCAGCAGGUUGUAGUAUGGUCCACAAAUGUAAUAGCGAAAGUGACAGAUGCUUGUGUGAUUCAGCUCAUGGAUUAGGAAACUUGGUUUUGCUCCGAGGCAGAAGUAAAAGAAUUGUGUGGCAGAGCUUUGAUUAUCCAACCAAUACCCAGCUGCCAGGAAUGAGACUUGGGCUGAACCACAAGACAGGUCUGGUUUGGGAAUUAACCUCAUGGAGAUCAGCAGAUUACCCUGGAACGGGAGACUAUUCAGUUAAACAAAAGUUGAAGGGUUUGACAGAAGUUAUUCUGUACAAGGGUUCAGUACCUCACUGGCGAGCUCACCUAUGGCCAACUAGGAAAUUUUCCACUGUAUACAACUACACGCUUGUGAACAGUGAAGAUGAGAUUUACUCAUUCUACAGUAUAAACGAUGCUUCCAUUAUCAUAAAAACAACGGUAGAUCAUUUGGGUUUUUUCAAGUGGCUAACGUGGCACCAGAAUGAUGGCCGCUGGAAGGAGUUUUGGUCUGUACCUUAAUACCCUUGUGAUUACUAUGCAAAGAGUGGCGCAUAUAGCAUGUGGGCCUUAAGAAUCCUGAUAAAUUUGAGUGUUCUUGCUUACCUGGCUGCGAACCCAAGUCUCCGCGGGAUUGGUAUCUAAGAGAUGCAGCAGGAGGUUGUAUCAGGAAGAGAUUAGAGUCUUCCUCAACGUGUGGGCAUGGAGAAGGGUUUGUGAAAGUAAAAAAUGUCAAGUUUGCUGAUACUUCAAAUGCAGCUUGAAAGGGCACAAAUAUGAGCAGUAUGGAGUGUGAACAGGAAUGCUUGAGGAAUUGUUCCUGCUCUGCAUAUGCAAAUGUAGAAAAUGGUGAGAAAGAAAGGGGCUGCCUAAUAUGGUAUUGGGAGUUAAUAAACAUGGUAGAUAUCGUAGACGGAGAGGCGGAUGUGUAUGUUCGCGUUGAUGCAGUUGAAUUAGCUGAGAAUAUGAGAUCAAAUGGUUUUCAUGAGAUGAAGUGGAUGCUGACCAUUCUAGUAGUUUCAGUAUUAUCAACAUGGUUUUUCAUCAUCAUAUUUGCUUAUCUAUGGCUUAGAAGAAGAAAGAAAAGAACGAGGAACAACCGGAACCGAAAAUUAUCUGAUUCUAUCAGUGGUUUGGUUUCCUAUAAAGAUACUUUGACAGCAAAUGAGCUCCAAGCAAGCAGGUUUUUCAACACAAGUACCAUACUUACUGCCGCAAAUAAUUCUCCAGCUAACAGAAUUGGACAAGGUGGUUUUGGGUCAGUUUAUAAGGUAGUCUUUUAUCUCUGCCUGGAAUGUUUUAAAAAUGCAAGUCCUCAUGAUGUGGCCACCCAGUUGCUCCCUUUAUCUGUUAGUAAUUUUGAGGUCGCUUAUGAGCAAACAGCUCAUUAGCCGUCGCAGACAUGAUUUUUUAGGGUCGGCUGACUAAUGAACGGAGGUUGCUAUAAAAAGGCUAUCAAAGAAUUCAAGGCAAGGAAUACAAGAGUUUAAAAAUGAAGUUAGGUUAAUUGCCAAGCUUCAACAUAGGAAUCUUGUGAAACUCUUAGGAUGUUGCAUUCAGGACGAAGAGAGAAUUUUGAUUUAUGAAUACUUGCGCAAUGGAAGCUUGGACUUGUUUCUUUUUGGUGAGUCUUCCAAUUUAUCUUUUUGUCUUUUGGGUACAUAGGUUGCACCAUUAACAAUGAAAAUUAUAAAAUCUUGUUACAGACGAGACAAAAAAAUCUAUGUUAAAUUGGAGGAAGCGCUUUGAGAUUAUUGUUGGGAUUGCACCUGGAAUCUUAUAUCUUCAUCAAGACUCAAGAUUAAGAAUCAUUCAUAGGGAUCUGAAAAGUAGUAACAUCCUUUUAGAU